CUAGUGUGACUGAGGUAAAUCGGAAGCAUUAGAAACCUACGGGACGGCGCCGUUUCCGGUGUUCGUAUAAAGUGGAGGAACGCGGCAUCAGGAAGACGGUUGGUCACGUGACUCAAGCAUGAGCGAAAGAACUGCACGUGAACCCCCACUCCUUCCUCAGGUUCCUAUAAUUCGCCUUCCCCGGCCACCAUCACCUUCUGGGCGUGGUUUUGAUCUAUCCUCACCGCGAGCUUUGGCACAUCGUAGUUCUGAUGGCCACCAGAAAAUUCGGUCUAAUCUUCGGCUCCACUUUCUUCGCAGCCUUCUUGCUUCUUCGGGUCUUCCAGUCACAUUCACGCUUUACCAGCGUGUCACAGUUUCCGCUGAGAAGUUUAAUGCCUGUGACAUAGAGGGGCAUAACUUCCAAGUCUCUAACCUGCAAACACCUCUUGGUGUGCAAAAGGAAGCACUAAUUCGUGGGCCAGAUAUUAUUUCCUAUUCCUUUAAUCUAUAAGGAACUGCUGUAUUAUUCUUAAUGUAAACUAACCAUAAUGGAUUUAAGAAUGUUGUUGUAUAAAUAUAUUAUCCACUGCAAUAACAUAUAAAUAUAUACAAUAUAAGGCUA